ACAAACACACAAGGUUUGAACGUUCAUCCUGUCUGCUGGCUGAAUGCUUGCGGAUAGUUGCAGUUUGCACGAACAGGAAUUGAAGAGUUGUCUUUAUUUCAUAAGGAUAAAGUGAAAUGGUCUUGUGCGUCUAACGCUUGUACGGACAGAGGGAGUAAUUAUCUGACUGGAUUCUUCAGAUUUCGAGAUGGUUGAAGAGAAAAUGGGGGAAUGCUGGAGUCAAACGAAGGAUCAGUUUGAUAACCUGGAAAAGCACACACAGUGGGGAAUCGAUUUUGUGGAAAAAUACACCAAAUUUGUGAAGGAAAGGUCUGAGAUCGAGCUUAACUAUGCAAGACAGAUCAGGAAUCUGUCCAAGAAAUACCAGCCUAAGAAGAAAGAGGAAGAUGACAAUAAGUACACGUGGUGCCGUGCGUUUCAUUCGACGCUUAACGAGAUGAACGAUUACGCAGGACAGCAUGAGGUCAUCGCAGAGAACAUGAUGUCACAGAUCAUCGCCGAACUCACGCGAUACACACAGGAAAUCAAAACAGAGAGGAAAGCGGUGA